CCCUCGCAUAUAUAAUGGGACCCCAAAAUUUUGAGAUUUUAGAAUUAAAACAGAAGAAGAAACUAGAGAAGGUGAACAAGAUGGAUUGAGGUCAAAGGUAAUAAUACUAAGGUUCUCAUGAUGGAGUUGCAAUCUGUAUUUAGGAUUUCCGAAGCUAAGAUCAAACAUUGCCACAGAAUUAGUAAAGUGCCGUACGAUUUGAUUUCUGUGGCUGAAGAUCAACCCCAUUUCACCCAUAUCAUCCACAAUAUGUCUGUCUCUUUCUCUCUGUGUGUGUAUUAACAGAGAAACAAAGAAAGAAACUAAAGCUGAGAGGUAAGAAAAUGGGGCGUAGCUAUGACAGUCGGUGGAGUCUUCAUGGCAUGACGGCACUCGUCACCGGUGGAACCAAAGGUAUCGGGCAUGCAAACGUGGAGGAAUUAGCAGGACUCGGAGCAAAAGUGCACACAUGCUCUCGAACCGAAUCCGAGCUCGAUGAUUGCUUACUCGAAUGGAAAGCAAAGGGUCUCCAUGUCACAGGUUCAGUGUGUGAUGUUUCAGAUCGAGCACAAAGGGAAUCACUAUUGAACACAGUUUCCUCCGAGUUCAAUGGCAAGCUUAACAUCGUGAUAAAUAAUGUUGGAACGAACAUAGGGAAAAUGGUGUCGGAUUACACAGCAAAAGACGUUGCGUUUCUAACGAGUACCAACUUCGAAUCGGCUUAUAACAUCAGCGUACUAGCUCAUCCUCUUUUGAAAGCUUCAGCAGCCGGAAGCAUUGUGUUUAUCUCUUCGAUCAUUUCUACAAAACCUGCAUAUUUUGCACCUAUAUAUGGAGCCAACAAAGGGGCCAUGAACCAACUUGCAAAACACUUGGCAUAUGAUUGGGCAGGAGAUAACAUUAGGGUCAAUACUGUUGCACCUGCUGUGAUCAAAACUCCACUUGCUCAACGUUUCUUUGAAGGUCAUGAAGAACUAAUAGAGACAGCCGUAAGUCGAACACCAAUAGGGCGGUUAGGGGAGCCGGAGGAAGUAUCGGCGAUGGUGGCAUUCCUCUGCCUACCGGCGGCUUCGUAUGUAACAGGGCAGCUUAUUUACGUUGAUGGAGGGAUGACGACGAAUGGCAUUUACUUUCCACACAAAAAAAUAAAAAACACCAUGAGCUGUGUGAGUUUGUAUGUAGUUGGCAAAUUGUGA